AUGAUGAAUUUAUUAAUGGACCUAGCAAAAGUUAAUAAUUUUGUAACACAUAAAAUCAAGGACAAUGCCUAUGUGCGCCUCACUUACACUGAAGAGGAAGAAAUGGCUUUAGCCGAGAACUUAGAUGAUUACAAUGAGCCCAUGUCUUAUACGGAACACACAAAUUGGAUAAAUUUUACCAAAUACGAUCUACCCAAACCGAUUUAUAUAAAUCUAGUUAGACAUCCCAUACGAAAGACAAUACAAUUUAAUUCCCAAACGGCCACACAAAUUGCUAAACGUAAUAUAGAACAGGAUUAUGCAGUGGUGGGCACCUGGGAGGAAACCAAUAUUACCCUAACCGUCCUGGAACAUUAUAUACCACGUUUUUUCAAAGAUGCCACGAAAAUAUUCUAUAGUGAUGGUAAUAAAUACCAUAAAAAUGCCACACCCCAUAAAACGGAAUUGGAACCGGAAGUGGAGCUCUAUACACUUAAGCCGUUACAUUUAAAUAAUACGGCUAAAGCUGAAAAGGAAUGGAUAUUCUUUAAUCGUUUAGAAAAAGUAGGCUCUCAAAGUAUGAUAGUUUUCCUGGAAGCACUAGCAGAUGCCAAUAAUUUUGUAGCACAUAUAAUGAAACAAAAUGCCUAUGUUCGCCUUACCUACACCGAAGAGGAAGAAAAGGCUAUGGCCGAAGAUCUAGAUGAUGUCGAAGAAGUCAUGUCUUAUACGGAACAUACAAAUUGGAUCAAUUUUACUAAAUACGAUCUACCCAAACCGAUUUAUAUAAAUCUGGUAAGACAUCCCCUAAGAAAGACAAUGUCGGCUUAUUACUACAAUCGACGACCAGAAGUUUAUGAGUAUUAUAAGAAAAAGUACAAUCGUACAAUGAGUGCAAAAGAAAUACGAAUGUCCUUUAACGAUUGUGUUAAGGAAGGCAAAAGACCAGACUGUAAAUUUGAUUCGAAAAAUCCAUUCAAUGCGGACUGGCGUAGAGCUGCUCUACAUUUCUGUGGCAAUAAGAAUGUGUGCAAACAAUUUAAUUCCCAAACGGCCACACAAAUAGCCAAACGUAAUAUAGAACAGGAUUAUGCUGUGGUGGGCACUUGGGAGGAAACUAAUAUAACUUUAUCAGUGCUGGAACAUUAUAUACCGCGCUUUUUCAAAGAUGCCACAAAAAUAUUCUACAGUGACGUUAAUAGAUUCCCGAAACAUUUAAAUAAUACGGCUAAAGCUGAAAAGGAUUGGAUCUUCUUUAAUCGUUUAGAAAAAGUAGGCUCUCAAAGUAUGAUACAUUUACUGCAAGUGCUGGCAAAUGCCAAUAAUUUUCAAGCUCUCGAAAAUAGAGAAGAUGCCUAUAUACGUUUCGUUUAUACGGAAGAAGAAGAACAGGCCAUAGCCGAAGAAUUAGAUGAAGUCAAUGAGCCCAUGUCGUAUUCGGAACAUACAAAUUGGAUUAAUUUUACACAAUACGAUUUACCCAAACCGAUUUAUAUAAAUCUCAUAAGAUAUCCCAUUAAUAGGAUCAUGUCAGCCUAUUAUUUCAAACGUCGUCCCGACGUCUAUGAGUUCUAUAAGAAAAAGUUCAAUCGCACAGAUUAUGAUGAGUCCUAUUUCAAAACUUCAUUUAAUGAUUGUGUUAAGCAGGCUAAACGAGAAGAAUGUAAAUUUGAGGCCGAUUCUAGAUACAAUGCGGACUGGCGUAAAGCUGCUAUACAUUUCUGUGGCAAUAAACCGGUGUGCAGGUAUGUUUAAGCUUGAAUCUCUUGUGUUUAAAUGUUCUUAAUAAGCUCUUGUUAUCUUAGACAUUUCAACUCUCCAGCGGCCACACAAAUUGCCAAACAUAAUAUAGAACAGGAUUAUGCUGUAGUGGGCUCGUGGGAGGAUACCAAUAUUACUUUAACUGUACUGGAACAUUAUAUACCACGUUUUUUCAAGGAUGCCACAAAAAUAUUUUACAGCGACUCUAAUAAAUUCCAUAAAAAUGCUACACCCCAUAAAUCGGAAUUGGAACCGGCCGUGGAGGCAAAAUUAAAAAGACAAUUUAGUUAUGAAAUCGAAUUGUAUAAUUUUUGCAAACAGCGUCUUUACAAACAGUAUAUAGCGAUUAAAAAGGAUGAAUUGAUGAAAGAAUUUGAGGGAAAUAAAAUUUUUCCUUUCAAUAUAUUAGCUUAAAGCUUUUUUUCUAGAUAAAUUUUAAAUUAAAACAAAUAAAAUUGAAAAUUAUAAGAAAAUUUCAUUGAACUUUCUGUAAUAAUAAGCAAAAGCUUAAAAAAACUAAAAAAUAAGAGCUUUUAAUAUAGCUUUUUAAAGCUUACGCCAAGCUUUUAAUGAAAUUUUCUUUAAUAUAACAACAAUUUAUAAUUCGUAUUAUCUAUAGCUUGUAAGUAUUAAUGAAAAGCAAAAGCUUAGCUUUAUAUAUUAAAAAGUUAAAGUUAAGCUUU